AUGAGAGAAUAAGCUAAAUAGAUUAAUAGUAACCUAUAUACAGAUCUUUUGGAUUAUUCAAAUAAAGAACUAACAUAAAAUCCAUAAAAUAAGUUUGUUUUAAUUGCAAAAAGUAAAUGAAAUCAAUAAUUUUAAUAGGUUAUGCAUUAAAUGAAGAGAAGAAAUUUCAAGAAGCAAUCUAAUAAUGUGAUAAAGUUUUGAUAGAAGAACCUUAACAUCUACAUGCAUUAUAUAGAAAAAGUAAUCAUAUAAUAUGUACAACAGGCUUUUCUUUAUGUUCAUUGAAGUAACAUUCAUAAGCAAUUUAGUGCAUUGAAAAAGCAUUAAAUUCCGAUGUUAAAUAUUCUAUUGGUUAUAUGAUGUAGGGUAGUUUACUUGUUUUAUAUUUUAAGGGUAUUCAUUAUAAAGUCUAGGUAAAUAAAAAGAUGCAAUUGAUUGCUUUGAUAAAGCAAUCCAACUGGAUCCUAAUUAUGCAUCAGCCUAGAUUAAUAAAGGUUAAUCAAUUUAUUUGAUUUUAAUAGGCUGUUCUUUAGAUGAUUUAAAAAAAUAUAACAAUGCAAUUGAUUGCUAUGAUAAAGCAAUCCAAAUGGAGCCUAAUUAUGCAAAUGCCUAUAAUAAUAAAGGUUAAUCAAUUUAUUUGAUUUUAAUAGGCAAUUCCUUAAACAAUCUAAAAAAAUAUAACGAUGCAAUUGAUUGCUUUGAUAAAGCAAUCCAACUGGAUCCUGAUUAUGCAAAUGCCUAUAAUAAUAAAGGUUAAUCAAUUAGUUUGAUUUUAAUAGGCAAUUCCUUAAACAAUCUAAAAUAAUAUAACGAUGCAAUUGAUUGCUAUGAUAAAGCAAUCAAACUGGAUCCUAAUUAUGCAAAUGCCUAUAAUAAUAAAGGUUAAUCAAUUAGUUUGAUUUUAAUAGGCAAUUCCUUAAACAAUCUAAAAUAAUAUAACGAUGCAAUUGAUUGCUAUGAUAAAGCAAUCAAACUAGAUCCUAAUUAUGCAUCAGCUUAUUUCAAUAAAGGUUAAUCAAUUUAUUUGAUUUUAAUAGGUUAUUUACUAACUUAAUUGAAGAAAUAUUAAUAAGCAAAAGAUAAUUAUGAGCAAGCAGUUUUUUAUUGUAAAUUUGAAUAAAAUGAGUUUAGACAAUUAAUUUAGAAAUUAACAAAUAUUAAAUGA